AUGUCGUCUUUUGAGACUUGGCAAUCCCCGCUCUCCAGCAGGUAUGCAAGCAAAGAGAUGUCUUCGCUUUUCUCGAACGCCACCCGCUUUGGCACAUGGCGUGAGCUUUGGCUUAAUCUGGCGAUCGCCGAGAAGGAACUCGGCCUGUCCAUCCCCGACGAGGCAAUUGAGCAAAUGCGUGCAAACUUGAAACUGGAUGAGCGUCAAAUGAAGCUUGCCGCAGAAGAAGAGAAGCGCAGGCGCCAUGAUGUCAUGGCACAUGUGCACGUCUUUGGUGAAGUCGCGCCUGCCGCUGCACCGUUUAUCCACCUCGGUGCUACAUCGUGCUAUGUCACGGACAAUGCAGACCUCAUUUUUCUGCGCAAGGCGCUGGAUAUUUUGUUGCCGAAGCUUGCAGUUGUUAUUGAGCGCCUCGCUGUGUUUGCGGAAAAGUACCGUGCUUUGCCAACGCUUGGCUUCACGCACAUGCAGCCCGCCCAACUCACCACGGUCGGCAAACGCGCCACGCUUUGGAUUCAGGAGUUGUUGUGGGACCUGCGGAAUAUGCAGCGUGCGCGAAACGAUCUUGGGUUCCGCGGCGUGAAAGGUACCACUGGUACGCAGGCUAGCUUCUUGCAGCUUUUCGAUGGCGACCACGACAAGGUCGAACAGCUGGACGACCGCGUGACGAGUUUGUUCGACUUCCCGUACGCCAUGCCCGUCACGGGCCAAACGUAUUCGCGCAAGAUCGAUAUUGACGUUCUUUCCUCGCUUGCAUCCUUCUCCGCGACUGCGCUCAAGAUCGGCACCGACAUCCGCCUCUUGUGCCACUUGAAGGAGAUCGAGGAACCGUUUGAAAAGGACCAGAUUGGUUCUAGCGCCAUGGCGUACAAGCGCAAUCCGAUGCGCAGUGAGCGUGUAUGCGCUUUGGCUCGAUGGCUAGGCAACACGCUGAACAAUGCGCGCGAGACCGCUGGCGGCCAGUGGAUGGAACGGACGUUGGAUGACAGUGCGAACCGUCGCUUGUCUAUCCCCGAGGCAUUCUUGACAGCAGAUGUAAUCCUCACAGUGCUGCAAAAUAUCUCGGAAGGGCUUGUAGUCUACCCUGCGAUUAUCAAGCGCCACAUUAAUGCCGAGUUGCCGUUCAUGGCCACAGAAAACAUUAUCAUGGCCAUGGUCCGCGACGGCGGCGACCGCCAAAAGUGCCACGAACACAUACGUGUUCUUUCGCACCAAGCAGCACGUGUGGUCAAGGAAGAAGGCGGCGAGAACGAUUUAAUUGACCGCGUCCGCAAGGACCCCUACUUUGCACCUAUCGUGCCGCGCCUCGACGAGCUGCUCGAACCAUCGAGUUUCGUUGGCCGUGCGCCCGAGCAGGUAGACAAAUUCCUGCUGAAGUGGGUGCAACCCGCACUGGCGCCGUACCAGGAUGCACUCAAGUCUUCACUUCGGGCCGAGCUUUCUGUCUAA